CAUUUCAGUCUUUCAGUGUCUUAUCUCUGGCGCUAAUCGUUCGUUACGGCUCUUCUUUUGCUUCAUCAUCGCACUGACUCUCGGCCGCCUUUUGCUUGAAAACAGAGUGGCUAGACCAGAGUGCAAAUCUACAUUGUUCUUUCGUCGGCUUGACUUUAAAGAAAAACAACAACAAAGAAGUGUUUAGAAGGCGGAAAGAAAAGUGAUCUUGGUUAUUGUUCUGUUGCAGUUCUACUUUUCAUUUGAGCGUCAAACUUGCUCAACACUUCCCGCUAGUAUAUAUACACGAAAAGGACGUUGGCAACUCGCAGCAAUCUGUAAUUACACAAGAUAAUAAGAGAAUCAUCAGAGAUAUUGAAAAGAUCCCUUCUACUGGACUGCACAUUUUCAAGGACUAAGAGGAGAACCGGAACUGAACCGCAUCCAGCUGUGUUGGGUACAUCGGUGUACAGUAUUGUGAACAAGCACCGUACAGUGCAAUUGACAACAAAAUCACGUGAUUGCAGCUGUCCAUUGUUUCGCAGACUCAGCUGGGCAAACCAAGAACUGAAGAAAACGAAAGAAACAAGUCCACUGUCUGAUUCCAGUUUGCAUUUUCAGGAAAAAAACGGGAUACGAUGUACUCCAUGUCAAAAUUGUAGCCCUAAAAAAACGAAACACUUCAAAUCAAUAGAAAGUCUAAUAACGCAAAGGAUCGUCAACGUUCCUCCGGCAGGAGGUUAUACAAAAUGGUGUCGUUAAUAGCGAUGAUCGUCGUUGUCCUGUUGCUGUCCGGGCCACAGAUGGCCUCCGCGGCACCAAUUCGAGAACACAGAACAGCUGGUGGACAAAACGAAGACAGUUUGAAAUUAGAAGUUGACAGCAAUUUAGCCGAGGAUUGGACGGAACGGAAAUAUCCACCACCCAUCGGCGAUGUCGACACGACACAUAAAUACACUCACGGUCACGGUAUCGUGACUCAUUCCCAACAAGAGCCUUUGCUAAUAUCGGACGCUAUCGUUCAGCACAGCGUCCUAACAGACCAAGAGGAACUGGAUUCAACGAUCAAUGAUUUGCUGUCCCAACUGCAAACGGAUUUGACUACCGGUUUAGUAUCAACUGCUGGAUUAUUUCCCGAUAUCAAUUUCAUCAACACAGACACGGACGUUGUCAUCGUCGACGCCCCGCCACCCAUUGAGGCUGUUGAAGCUGAAGAAGAGAUCGUAGAAGCCGUUGAAGCCAAUCAACCGAACUCGGUGCCUGCCGUCUCUAAUUUAGCCAACUUGUUCUUUCCUCAAUCCGACAACAGCCUGUCGUCUGCUGGUUCUUCAUCAACAUCGUCCUCCAGCGACAGCGUCAGCAGUGGAGGAAUACUUGGCGGUUCAGUCUCUUCCACGUCGAUCGCCAACCCUUUCGCUAUACUCUUCAGUUACGGACUGGCGGCCGUCAGCGUCUUUGCCUUGACUUUGCCACUUUGGGUUCCGUUUGUGGUCGGCAAGAGACGCCACGCACCUGGGCCGUUAAGGAAGAAACUUUAUCCGCUCAACAAGAAGAAAGCACCGCUCAUCCCUGCUAAUCAAACAAUUAAACAACCGGAAAUCAAUUACCAACAUUACCAACAUCAGGAAAUUGAAAAAUUACCAUACAGCGAUUACGAGGAGAGUUUUGUGGUGACCCAGCCGCCAAGCGCAGGUAUACAGGAGGUGUACCACCCUGCUGAUGGCAGUCCAGAUAUUCCGGCCGAUAUCGGUUUGCAUCUCGGUCCCUAUUCGGCUUUUUUUAGCAAUUCAUUGUGGCCGAAAUCGGACGAGCAACUGAAAGAUCCAGGACCGCUCAAAUCGGAAAACGUCUACGGUCCUAUAAGCAAUUUUUUCUUGAAAGCUGCACGUAGGAAUUCCAUAAGAAGGAGAUUGCAAAAGAAAAAGCAAUAAAACGUGUGGCGGCAGUGAUAUAUUUCAUAUUGCAUGUAUUAUAAAAUCUUCCGUCUUUUAUUUUGUGUUAUUAAACAUGGUUUGUAUUACCUCACUGCGUAAGGUUCGUUGGCUGUCAUCAGCCAACGGAUGACGUGCAAGACUUUAACCUUCUUAAAUAACCUGCAAGGUCGUCCUCUGCACGUUUGAUUUUUUGUUUCUCGUGGGCUUUGUACGAUUUCUCUUGACUAGAAACCGU